GCGGAGAGGCGAGAUGACGGACAAGUACGAGAAAUUACGCAAGAUCGGCGAGGGCUCGUACGGGGUGGUGUUCAAGUGCCGGAGCCGGGACAGCGGGAAGAUCGUGGCCGUCAAGAUGUUCGUCGAGUCGGAAGACGACCCGGUGAUCAAGAAAAUUGCGAUGCGCGAAAUCAGAAUGCUCAAGACCCUGAAGCACCCCAACCUGGUGAACAUGCUGGAGGUGUUCCGCAGGAAGCGCCGGCUGCACCUCGUCUUCGAGUUCUGCGACCACACGGUGCUCAACGAGCUGCACCGCUACCCACACGGGAUUCCUGAAUCCCAAGUGAAGAGCUACAUCUGGCAGAUCCUGCAAGCGGUAGCCUACUGCCACCGGCAUAACUGCAUCCAUCGUGACGUGAAGCCUGAAAACAUACUCAUCACCAGGCAGGGCGUCAUCAAGCUGUGUGACUUUGGUUUCGCCAGGAUCCUCACGAGUCCCGGGGACGAGUACACGGACUACGUGGCCACGCGCUGGUACCGCGCGCCCGAGCUGCUGGUGGGCGACACGCAGUACGGGCCGCCCGUGGACGUGUGGGCCGUGGGCUGCGUCUUCGCUGAGAUGCUCACGGGCAACGCGCUGUGGCCCGGCCGCUCCGACCUCGACCAAAUCUACCUCAUCACGUGCACGCUCGGGGACCUCAUUCCCAGGCACCAGCAGGCGUUCGCGUGUAACCAAUACUUCAGUGGACUGGGAAUCCCCGAGCCCGACGUCAUGGAGCCCUUGGAGAUUAAAUUCCAGUCCCUCAACAGUCAAGCUCUGAGUUUUAUGAUGAGCUGCCUGAGGAUGGAGCCGACGGCUCGGCUGAGCUGCGAGGCGCUGCUCCAGCACGCGUACUUCUACGCGUUCCGGGAGGGUGACGGGGGUGGUGGCGUCGGGAGCCGCGAGCCCGAGCGAGGCGAGCGCCGGCACGACAAGCGCGGACGCAAGCGCCUCCCCGCGAUGCUGCUGCUGCCGCAGCUGAUCGGCAACAGCAACUCGCCGGCCCCGGAGGUGCGGAGGUACGUGCGCAACAAGCACGACCACCACCUGCCCACCAUCUGACGGCGCGGGCCCACUGGAGCGUGCCGCCCUGGAACCAACAGCGGCGGAGGAGGCGCUACCGAGCCCCUUUGUUUUCCCGUUCUGUUUUUUAUAUUUUUAAUUACGUUACUUUAUAAAUAACUCAUGAGCCAUCUGCCACAGUCUUGCAUUCUCCGUUCGGUUUAGGAAUAAAAGUCAACGAGAGUGGCGUGAAUGUGUAUGCAAAAUCGAAAUAAAAUUAAAAGAGAACGAAACCGUAGGGUGCAGAGGGAAGGGGGUGCUAGCAGAUGUCUGAAAUCUGCACGCCGAGUGCUCGGAGAUGGGCAGGGUGCCUGGGACUCGGGGCGGGGGGGGGACUGUGAUUGGGUUCUCCUUGAGCGCUGGGGGGCAGGGAUCAUGUCGCAGUUACGAUUGCAUCGUGCAUGCCCGCAGUGAGCCGCGAGUCGGUUUUCACUGCAGUCCAAACAGGAUCACUGUGGGUAUUUUUAUUAUUUGCCGCUCAUUUCCCGCACCCUUAACUUAUUUAUGCAUUCCUUUUCAGCAUUAGCACGGUUGGCUACGUACGGUGCAAAAGAAGUUCAACAUACAUACACACAUUAGGUGCGUGCCUCGAUUGCUUGACAGCUCUCUCUCUCUGAUGUUUGUCCUCCUUAAAAACACUCCCGAACUGCCCCUAUUCGCAGCUCUCUCCUUCCCUAUCCUAAAUCAACGACAGUUACAUUCAUAACUAUACGAUUGCGUUCCCAGCAACAAAAUGUGCCACCACCGACGUACAUGAUUCUACGGAUACCUGACAGCAUCUUUGCUGACGAUCAUCACCAUCAUCAGCAGCAAUGCUCUAUCCACUGCUGGAUGAAUGCCUCCCCAAGCCGUCACCAUCUCUCGUCUAGGCCCUGCACGCUAUCUGAGCUUCUCGCUCCAUCUCCGUGGCGGAUGACCGUGAUGAAGGUGGUGGCAUAAUUAUGCGAUUAACAUGACGACAAUGGUAAUUGCGAUGGUGAGUAGUUUAUAUACAAUUUGUCUUCGUAGGCUUUUGUGCAUUAAACAUGCACAUAUGAUUGAAAGCUGUAUUGCAAACUGCCAGGAUGCUCAAAUUGUAAGCAGCUGUUGCUGUUUAAAAAGUCUAAUCUCACAAUGGGAUAAACGAGAGCGGCUACAUCUUAUCCUUGACAUCGUUACCUGCGACUCCUAUUAUCCGUUGCAGCUGCGGGGUUCACAGAAACUCCUAUUAGCCACGAUCCUAUUCUUCCUAUUAUUCGCGAUUCAAGUGUGGAUUUGCCCAUUCCUGAUUUGCGAAACGGCUUCCUGUGCGUGGAGUUUUCCCGGACAAGAAGUCACGCGGCAAAAUACAUCCUAUUCUCUGCGAGUGGCCAUGCUUUUCACCGCACAGGAUAAGCGACGCAAAUUGUAUGGAAGCCCCCACAAGAUAAUAGGAUCUGCCAUAUUGGUUUCCCUCCGUGGGAGGAGUUAGGAGGAGUUGUCGGUGCAAACAUCUACAUCGAAAAUGAGAUUCCCAGUUGCUGAAGUUGUCCGGUUUUUAAUUUCAUCUCCCUUACAACACGCACACCAUUGUCUGCUCUCGCCCAGUGCCGGCGAUACAAUCGCAAUUCGAGUACCUUCCAUUGCGCCUGCCGCGGAGCCUACGAUUGUCUGCCCACAUUUGCGUCUCAGCGGUUUUUCAUUAACCCCUUGUCUCCUCGGACAGCAGCCUCCCCUCUGUCCAUGCAACAAUACGCCUGCUGUCGUAGACAGCGGUGGCGAAUAUUCCUUUGGGAGACUGAAACACGUUUUUGUGGGGGGCAGUGGGCGGGGGGGGGGGCGAUGACGACGACUGAAAUAUGUUUUAAUUAAGCAUUUUUGUGUAUGAAUUAAAUGUUUAAAAUAUAUAUAUUUUGAAAAGUGACGUCCGAAAACUGGCAGAGCACGAGGUAGCCCGGGGCGCCAAAGGGUGGCGCGGUGUCCCCACUUUGGACACAAGCAGUCUACAUAUUUGUCAAAUUGCACGGCAUCACCAAAUCCGUUCGCAUGGCACGCGCUCUGCUCGUGGUGCGACAUUGCACCCUCUCGCCGGGUCUGUCGUCCACAAGGGGUCCCGCUUGUGCAUGGCUGCGUUUGAAUGCAAACUGCUCAAUAGGUUUCAGGGGCCAAGCCCCGUUUGGAUGAACCGCGCCACCGGCUGUGCUUGCUACAGAAACAUCAAACGCUCGAUCAAGUCAGUCCCUGCACUCAUUUUAAUAUUUUUGGCGCAAAUAAUUCCCCUACCCUGAAUAAUCACCCCCCUCCCCAAAAUCGUUAAUUUCACUCAAUUUAGAUUGAUUAUGUGAAGACACCAGACCUUAACAUGCUCCCCAACUGUAUUGUUAUCCAUGAUCCCCAACACCAAAUCUUGUUCGAUGAAGAACUUCAAUGUGCUUCUGCUGCUAACAAAUUGUGUCAUUCCCACGAGUGGAAGGACAUUGCUGCAUUCAUGUUCAGCUCUUGGUGUACCAGCGCUGGGGUCUUGGCGACCCGACAAAUCAAGCCCCAUGCAUACCGUGGGACACGAAGUUCGGCCGAGUUCCCCACGCCAGGUGCAUUUACUUACGUGGAAUGAUUGCCCAAUUGGCCAAAACAGACUAUUUAGUUUUUAUUUUACCAGGUCAGGCCCACUGAGCUAUGUAGCUCUUUUUCAGAAGCGACCUGGCCACAAAUAAUAGCUCAACGAAGUGGCUUAUCACGUGCAAAUUUAUAGCAGCCAAAUAUUUUAAACUCAUGUUUCUACAUGUGGAGUGAAAGAUCGGAGGACCCGGAGAAAAAUCCUCGCAACCACCGGGAGAGAGAGUACAGCCAACAUCCAAAUAUACAGCAGGCAUCAGAGUUGGGAUCGAACCCACGACCUCCUGUAUACCAGGCAAGGUAGUUAACAUCUCGCCACCGUGGCGCCCAAUUAACAUCGUUAACAUCUCGCCGGGGAAUGAGAGGAAAUCACUGGGUCACCGAUGUUACUGAUUGUAGAAUAACAAAACUAAAACGAAACCUGGUUGACUGCUGAAGCUCGCAUCACUCUGCUCGUGUCCAUGUCAUGUGGGGAAUGACUUGGCAAAGCCGACGACGUUGAGACGUUCAAGUUGGCGGGCGCAAAGGGUCAUCGUUUUCAUGACUCCUGCGCGCCACUGAUGGCGCACGCCGUUCUGGUGAAUAUCGACCGUGGGGCCGCCUUCAAGUAAAAUCGCAGUACCACCGUCCUCUUGUUGAGAAGACCUUCACGGGCUCCUGUGUGCUUUUGUUAAACACCCUAACAUGUCCGAAACACUGUAAACAAACUUCAUCAUAUGGGAGACUUUUAUACAUUUAUAAGCCUAAGCAUUUAAAACGCUCCUCCGAGACCUACACACACCCUUAUAUAUAAACCGGGCUUGCCUGUGCUUUUAUCUUUUAACUAUAUAGUGUAAUUACAUUUAGUGCAGUGGUAGUAAUAUAUACCGUGAUGCAUAGUUGUAAUAUUUUUCAAAAAUAUUUUGAUAUAAAUGACAUGUUCUGAUAUAUAAUGUAAUAACAUUUGACCAGCGCAUUUCAAAAAUUUUGCGUGCUUACAUUGAGUUAUUAUUGUGUACAUACGCUGUUAUCAUAACUCCUGUUUGUUUAAAGUACCUGGAUGAUGAAUUGUGUGCAUAAUAAACGUCUUUUUUGUUUUUU